AUGCGCUAUUGCAAAGAGAAAAGUUACGAUUUAGACAAAACAUAUGAAACGAAAUACGUCAGAUUAAUUCAAAACGAAGCUUGUCCAGGGGAUCCACCUUGCAUUGCUCUUAACAAGUUUGAAUUGUUCGGUGAUGUCAUUCCAAAUGGUGGAGAAGAUGAAAACUUCGUUUCAUAUCACGACGAUGACGAUGAUGUAAGUAUUAUAGGCCAUAUCUCUAAAAACGGAAAUGUUAAGAUCAUAUAA